GCAAUUCUUGAAAAAAAAAGUAAAAGACAUGAAUCAGCUUUCCAUAACUGCAGUUGAACUCUUGGUGUCUGAGUGUUAUCGUUGAAAGCAUGGACAUAGGCUUUGAAGAGAUAUGCAAGGCGGUCCUUAUGUUUGCAGUACCUGGUGGAGUUGUGAUUCUGACUCCUGCCAUUCUGGCUACACUGGGGUUCACUUCAGCUGGAAUAGUAGCAGGCUCUAUCGCUGCCAAACUGAUGUCAUAUUUAGCAAUUGCUAGUGGAGGUGGAGUUGCAGCAGGAGGUCUCGUAGCAAUCUUGCAGUCCUGGGGUGCAGCAGGUCUGCCAUGGAUUGCCACUUUAUUGUUUGGCAAUGUUGGAAAAGCAGCAGGUUGGAUGUUCUCAUUUGCGUGUAAUGUGACUGUUAUAUAUGAAGAUUAACACAAACUGGCCUAUAAAUAUUUCCUCCUGUGACAAAUCUCAAUAUUCUGAAUGAAACUUUAUUCUUAUGUGUAAAUUUCCAACACUCAGAUAAAGCAUGAUUUGAGAACUGAAUCAUUGAUUAAAAUUGUUGCUGAUUUUUAUCCAUCAUUUUGAAAUAAAAUAUCAUUGUAGAGGAUGAAGAUCUUUUAUCAGAUCCAAAGACUGAUAUGAUGCUUCUGUUCUCUUCAUGAAUUUAAUUUGAAAAUGAAAAAACAUGCAAAAUAAAAGUAUUGUUGUUUUUAUUGUAAACACCAUCAUAUAAUGUACAGUAACAAUAUCAAAUCCAUAGUCCAUAAAUGUAUCACUCUUACAGACCAAGUAAUCUAUCUGUAUCUAAUGGGCUCAAACACCUGUUUCAGUCAGUGACGGGCAAUUUACACGUUUUUUGUAAUGUGUUUGUUUUCCUGUCUCUCUCCAUUAAAAUUGAACUACCAUAAAAAUUCGAGACUCUUCAUUUCUUUGUAAGUGAGGAAACAUACAAAUUCUUCAAGGGUUCAAAAAAUUAUUUCUACCACUUUAAAUGAAACAUGGAAGAAAUAUAAAAAGUGGAUUUAAAGACCUGAAGACAACACUGAUAAUUUCAGGACUGAGAUGACCUACAAUAAUAUCAUUGAUGGAGAUACAAAUUAAGGCAUAUCUGUUA